AUGUAUUUUUUAGGAACGUGGCAGUCUGCCACUGGGUAUAAAAUGGAUGAAGAGGAGGAUGGCAAACAAAUCCGAGAAAAGGUGGAAAAAUAUAUGCGAAUGUUAAAUAAUGAUAGUAAAAUUGGUCAUGCCUUGCGGCGUUUGGCAACUGUUGACAUGACGUUAGAAUUAUUAUCAGAAACAGGAGUAGGCAAAGCAGUGAAUCAACUAAGAAAUCACGAACAGUAUGGUGAAAAAGCACUGAAAAUUGUUGAAAAGUGGAAAGAUAUGGCACGAAGCUAUGGUCUGAAACAACGAAGGAGACGAUCAGUAUCACCAACUUCGGAACAGGCAAGUUCAUCAAAAAAAAUGGCGAAAGAAAAACGGAAGGAGAAGAAGGAAAAUAAUGUUUGUGAAAGUACUUGUAUGGAAGUAGUUCGUAAUGGUAAAGAAAAGUUAUCAAACAAUGAAAUCGAGAACGUAUGUUCAGGCUUGAGUUUUGCUGAUAUGUUAGCACGAGCAGAUACUGCUAAACCUUUCAAACCGAAAAGAAUGAAAGCAGACUGUAAUGAAUGGAAGUCUUGCAAAGUAGAUAUUAAUUAUAGGCCCUCAAAAGUACUGAAUUUUGAACCUACACCAAAAGAGCACCGUCCAACUAUAUCUGAAGCAGCCUCGAUGGAUGCUGCAAUGUUCAAACCUCGUAAAUCAGUACGUAAGAUUUAUGCUGGCAGAUCAAGAGUUGAUGGCCUGAGGGAAGUACCAACGUUGCAAAACAUAUGUAUUAAAUUAUUGAUAGCUAACAUUGAUGCCAUUGAAGAAGUUGGUGAUACGCCAUACUUUUUAUUGAAACCAGUGCUUGAAAAAUGCUCACUAAAUCAAUUGUGCUCAAUCGAAAGGCGUAAUCCACAACUAAUGGAAGAUACUGAUGAAUUAUGGGAAAAAUUUGUUAAUCGAACUUUUCCGAAGUACGAAACAAAAGAUGAUGAAACGUGGAGAGAGUGUUAUCAUCGCAUAUGUAAUGAAAAUGACCGCAAAUUGAAGAUGCUUUCAUCUAAAAUAACUCAACAUAAUAAACAAACAUCUGCACCAGUAAAAACAGCUCUUCUUGCGGAUGCAAAAGCCCCUCGUGAAGUUCGUCGUCGUCAAAUGCGCUACGGUACUCAAAAUAAUAAUUGUCCGCUGCCAUCUGCUAGUGAGAUAUCUAAAGCUCGCAAGGAUAUUUUUGAUAAAGGUAGCAAAGAAGCACUAGCAAGUUUACCCCACUCAGUUAGAAACAUAAAUUCUCCAUUAGGCUCGCAUUUGGAAAAGAAAACGCUACCAAAGAAGGGAGCUUUAAUGAUAAAAACAUUGAAAAUGCUAAAAGGAAAGCGUAGAUAA